AUGCACGGUGGUGGUCUUGUCGGUCAUCCAUAUGGGCACUCACACGACAACCUUGCUGCACUUACACCACCGCCUUCAGCACCUGUUCCUCAGCACGAUCUCCCACCACUGCGUACAAGGCUCACGAUCACAGUUUGGGAGGAUGAACACACGUCUUGUUUCCAGGUUGAUGUUAAGGGUGUUUGUGUAGCCCGACGGGAGGAUAAUGAUAUGGUUAAUGGAACCAAACUUCUUAAUGUCGUGGGUAUGUCCCGUGGCAAGAGAGAUGGUAUUCUGAAAAAUGAGAAAGGACGGGUGGUAGUAAAAGUUGGCGCCAUGCAUCUCAAGGGAGUCUGGAUUCCACUCGACAGAGCUGUGCACCACGCGAAGGCUCACAACAUUGAAGAAAGCCUUUAUCCUCUUUUGGUAGACAAUCCAAGAGCUUUUCUAUAUCAGCAUCCACAUGCCAUCGCUGUCUCGUCAGGUACAUACAUAAAUCGAUAUGCACAAAGAAAAAAAAAAAAAAAAAAAAACAAAAAAAAACAAAAAAAGCUUCUCGUCAAACACUUACUAAUCUUUCAUCUAUUUAUUUGUUGUGUUACAUUUGUUCCUAUUAUAGACAUGAGAUGGACUCCUCAGUCGCAAUUGCAUAAUUCAUAUCAUGAUGCAGAUGGUUCUCCAAAAGGAAGACAUGAUAUGCACCCCAACCAUCACUUUAAUCAAGGGGUCCAUGAUAGCUACUACUCCCAUCAACAUCAUAUCUUUCGUGGUCAUGGCGUGAAUAGUCCGCAUGGCUCCCCACAUGGUAGCAAUGGCUCGGUUUCUGGAGGUAGUGGGUCAAGAUAUUAUUAUGGACAUUAUUAA